GGUAACUUCUACACACGCAGUACAGAAAUCUCAUCAGACCAUCGAUAGCUAGUGACAGAGCAACACUGAACAGCGAUCAGCAGCCAUUUUACACCUUUAGCAGCGAUUAGCAGUGAAUUUGCAGUCACUAGCAGCGUUCAGCAGCGAACAGCAGUGUUUAACACAGCUUUAGCAGCGCUUUAACAGUGUUGAACAGAUUCAGCAGCACUUUAACAUCGUUGUAGCAAAAUCCAACAAUGGCUGCACUAUUUCUCAGAAAUCUUCACCCUGGAGUGGCAGAGUGGAUGAUUGCUGAAAGGUUCAGCCCUGCAGGACAUGUUGAAUCUGUCCAUAUUUGCAGGGACAGGAAGACCGGCGCCUCGCUCGGCUAUGCCUACGUCAACUUCCGGCAUCGACACCAAGCUGAGCGAGUGCUGGAAAUGUUCAACUUUGAACCUCUUCUGGACAGACCCAUGCACAUCAUGUGGUCUGACAGGGAGCCAGCGGCUAAGAGGACCAUACAGUCAGCGGCGGCAGCCAUCGAGCGGCGCAAUGGGAUGAUGCUGAACGACCGUGAAGUCACCAUCAAGGCUGAGGAUCGCCCCAGCUCCCAACACCAUGCCAGCAACCUCUUCAUCAAGAACCUCAACAGCACUAUUGAUGAUGAGUGUCUGCGCAUGGUGUUCGGACAAUUCGGGAGGGUCACCAGUGUCAAGGUGAUAACUGAGAACAGGCGAUCCAAAGGCUUCGGCUUCGUGAGUUUCACAUCAUCCCAGGAAGCAGAUCCAUGUGGGAGAGGCUCUGCGAAAAGGCUCGCCUUAUACAUCAGAAGGCUGAGGAGCUGUUUGGCCUUGAGCUCACCAAGCCCACCACAGCACUGAGGAAACCUGUGCUGCCUCUGAACCUGAAGAGCACCAUAGCUGUUGAGACGGCUCCCACUGAGGACCCUGUGCAAGCCGUCCCAGCCACAAAUACGGCUCCCACUGAGGACCCUGUGCAAGCCGUCCCAGCCUUAAAUACGGCUCCCACUGAGGACCCUGUGCUAGCCGUCCCAGCCACAAAUACGGCUCCCAUUAAGGGCCUUGGCCAAGCCAUCCCAGCCAGAAGAAUGGCUCCAAACCUCACUUUGGUCACUUUGACCAACAAAAACUGCAAAAAGGGUAAAAUUCAGAAAUAAAAAAACA